ACAAAUUCUUUAUGUUUAUAAAAUUGUUAAAUUUGAUUAAUUCUUUAUGUUGAUAAAAUUCUUAAAUUUUCGGCAACUGACCAAUCGCAUUGGCCAAUUGUCGAAUUGCUUAAAUAUGAUUAUUCAAUUUUAUUUCUCCAUCCGAGAUCUCGAAGCGAUUUCUAAUAUCGUUCGAACACAAAGCUUUGAAAUGCUUCGCUUGUUUUUCUGCCCUCCUGCCCCCACCUUCUUAUAAGCACAAGGACAUAUACGCACAUUUGUAUAUAAGGAAACGCUAAGCAAUUUGACUGCCUGUUCUUUGUCUGUACGUAUCGGUUGUGGAUUGACUCGCAGUUCUAACGGUCCUAAAACAAUUUUGACUUUCGUAGCUUCAGUCGCCGAAAAAUUCAGGAAACAUUACCGUGAUUACCGUCAUUGUCACAAAAAGCCGAUACAUAUGUAUCGGUUUUUUGUGACAAUGACGGUAAUCACGGUAAUCAUCUUCGCGUCAAUCAACGCGGAGGUGUAUAAGGACGUGUAUAAAAUUCCGUUAUACCAGACAAACGACCCACGACUCCGUUCGGAUACGGCAACCGUACCUCUGAUCAAUUGGAGAAAUUUUCAAUACUGCGCUACUAUCGAAAUUGGUACGCCACCGCAAAAGUUUACAGUACUUUUCGAUACUGGUUCAUCAGAUCUCUGGGUACCAUCCAAAAACUGCAACGUCAGCCAACCUGCUUGCUUGAACCAUAAUAAGUAUGAUCAUACAAAGUCCACCACAUAUAUAUCUAAUAUAUCACAGAAUGAUGCAUUUUAUCUUAAUGAUUACAAAAAACAUGGCCGUAUGUUGCAGUCCUUGUCUAUCGACGUAAUAAUUAUUGCUGGCCUUAAGGUUUCAUCCUAUCAGACAUUCGGAGUAGCGCACAAUUUCUCGACAAGUUUCUGGGACUCUGCACAAUGCGACGGCGUUCUGGGGAUGGGUUAUCCAGCCUUAUCUCGCUUUAAUAAUCCUUCUGUUUUCCGAAACAUGAUUAAUCGAGAGAUGGUGUCCCAACAAAUUUUUAGCUUCUAUCUAAAUCGAAAUGUCACGGGCGUGUUCGGCGGUGAACUGAUAUUGGGUGGCAUCGAUCCUUCCCAUUACGAGGGCGAGUUUACGUUUGUGAAUGUUUUCCACAAAAAAUACUGGCAGUUUAAAAUGGAUAAGAUUCAAGUAAAAAAUUACAUCUCUUGCUGGGAAGGCUGUCAAGCUAUCAUCGACACGGGCGCUUCUGUGAUAAGUGGACCACCGGCGGCUAUCAAAGCUCUUUACAGAGAGAUCGGUGUUAAUAAUGGUACAGUGAAGUGCGACGAGAUUUCUAAUUUGCCCGAUAUCAAUUUCGUCAUAGGUGGUAAGACGUUACGACUCACUGGUCAAGAUUAUAUCUUGAAGAUCACAGAAGACGAGAUAGAUCUUUGUGUGCCCGCCUUCCAAGAUGUUUAUCUACCUGAUGGUAUACAGUGGAUUUUGGGCGAUGUAUUUAUUGGUCGGUACUACACCGUAUUUGACAUGGAGAACGACCGACUGGAAUUCGUACUUGCAAAAAUCAAGAUUUAUUUUUUUGCAAGUACGAAUUCCGGUUGGUUGUUCCCUAUGAAGGCAUUCUCAUGAAGUUAUCAUUAAGUAUUAGGAAAUCUAAGUGACAUUACUAAACAAAUAAGUCAUAGUUUUUUUAGAAUAUCGACCGACAUAUGGUUUGUAAUUUUAUUUGGACUAUUUAUAUGGUAUAUUUUUAAAUUAAUACAUAUGUAAAAAUUAGAAGAAAGAUACGCGAUAUUUAUUCUACCAACGAUUUGGUACAUCUUGUUCUUUCGGCAACUAUCGAAUUGUUAGAUAUUGUGAAUACAACUUGUA